CUCCACCCUUUUGUUUCAACGACAGUAUAUCCUGCCUUUGCUUUUGUAGUGAGCUGGUUCGUGUUGGAGUACUCUGAAAAGGUUUUUAUUGCAGAAUAACUGAUCUAGUGUGAGAUAAAUGUGAUCUGUACUCAGAAGUUUGUUGCCUGUCUGUUGGAUUUUUAUUAACACUAACAAUGGGAUUUAUUGGAUUCUUGCUGUAUGGCGGCCUAGCUGUUAUUUUUCUCGCCCUCCACCUCGUCUUUGGGGACUUGAGCUACUCCAUUCCGGAGGAGAUGAAACGCGGAUCUGUAAUUGGCAACAUUGCGAAGGAUCUGGGACUGGAAUCGGGCAGACUGUCGGCUCGCAAUGCCCGCGUUGAUACUGAGGACAACAGUGUGAAGUACUGCAACGUAAAUCUGAACACCGGAGAAUUGAUGGUGCAAGAAAGGAUCGACAGAGAGGGUCUUUGUGCGAAAAGAGCAUCAUGUGUUCUGAAACAGGAGCUCGUCCUGGAAAAUCCUUUAGAGGUUCACCGAAUAAAUAUCCGCGUUCAAGAUAUCAACGACAAUUCACCUCAAUUUAAAGAAGAACAACUGAAAUUUGAUAUUCAGGAAUCCGCGGUUAAGGGUGCGCGUUUUCUUUUGGAUGAGGCACACGAUGGAGACAUCGGGGAAAAUGGUGUUCAGGGCUAUUCUCUUCAGCAGAAUGAUCAUUUUAAAUUAAAUGUCAACAUGAAAACUGGAGGCAGAAAGUACUGCGAAUUAGUCUUGGAGAAAGAGUUAGACAGAGAGGACAAAAAGGAGCUCAUGUUGUUACUAACUGCAUUUGAUGGAGGCUCUCCUCGUAGAUCAGGUACAGUAGUCAUUCACGUCACUGUACUGGAUGCUAAUGAUAAUGUACCAGUGUUCAGCCAAGCCGUUUAUAAAGCCAGUCUGCCUGAAAACUCUCCUGUAGAUACACUGGUGAUCACAGUGAGUGCUACUGAUGCAGAUGAGGGAGUCAAUGGUGAUGUAAAUUAUGGAUUUAAUGAUGUUUCAGAUGAAAACCAAGUUUUCGCUCUGAAUUCCAAGACUGGUGAGGUAACAGUGGCCGGAUCAAUUGAUUACGAAAAAGAAUCGUCAUACGAAUUACAGAUAAGCGCGAAAGAUGGACUAGGAUUGGCUUCAUAUGCCACCUUAAUAAUUGAUAUAACAGAUAUAAAUGAUAAUGCUCCAGUGAUAUACCUGAAAUCACUGACUAACCCCAUCCCUGAGAACGUGUCACCUGGUACAGAGGUGGGCAUCAUUAACGUGCAGGACAGAGACUCUGAUAGUAACAGACAGGUCCGCUGCUCCAUUCAGCAAAAUGUCCCUUUUAAGUUGGUUCCUUCAAUUAAAAACUAUUAUUCUCUGGUGAGCACAGGACAACUGGACCGUGAACUAGUGUCUGAUUACAACAUUACAAUCAGUGCCACUGACGAGGGCUCUCCACCUCUGUCGUCGUCUAAAACUGUUCAGUUAUCUGUAGCAGACAUCAACGACAACCCACCUGUGUUUGAGGAGCAGUCGUACAGCGCAUAUGUGAGUGAGAAUAACAAAGCUGGCUCCACUUUAUGUUCCGUUAGUGCUCGAGACCCCGACUGGAGACAGAACGGUACAGUGAUUUAUUCUCUGUUAGGCGGUGAGGUGAACGGUGCCCCGGUGUCCUCCUAUGUGUCCGUGAACGGAGACACGGGGGUGAUCCACGCUGUGAGGUCGUUUGAUUAUGAACAGUUCCGGAGCUUCAAAGUUCAGGUGAUGGCCAGAGACAACGGUUCUCCUCCUCUCAGCAGCAACGUGACCGUGAGUGUGUUCAUAUCAGAUGUGAAUGACAACUCUCCUCAGAUCCUGUACCCCGGUUCAGAGGGCAAGUCGUUCAUGACCGAGCUGGUCCCCAAAGCUGCUCACGGAGGCUCUCUGGUGUCCAAAGUGAUAGCGGUGGACGCGGACUCUGGACAGAACGCCUGGCUGUCGUAUCAAAUAGUGAAAUCCACUGAUCCGGGACUUUUCACUAUUGGUGUCCACAGUGGAGAGAUCAGGACCCAGCGGGACAUUUCUGAAUCUGACAGCAUGAAACAGAACCUUGUAGUGUCAGUGAAAGAUAACGGGCAGCCCUCUCUGUCUGCCACCUGUUCCAUGUAUUUACUGAUUUCUGAUAACUUGGCUGAGGUGCCAGAACUGAAGGACAUUUCUUAUGAUGAGAAGAACUCCAAACUGACCUCUUAUCUGAUCAUCGCGCUGGUGUGUGUGUCGACGUUUUUUCUGACCUUCAUCAUCAUCAUCCUUGGUGUGAGGUUUUGUCGCAGGAGAAAGCCCAGACUGUUGUUUGACGGAGCAGUGGCCAUCCCCAGCGCUUAUCUCCCUCCUAAUUACGCAGAUGUUGACGGCACAGGAACUUUACGCAGCGCUUACAAUUAUGACGCCUACCUGACAACAGGGUCUCGAACCAGUGACUUUAAGUUUGUGUCAUCGUACAAUGACAACACACUGCCAGCUGACCAGACUCUGAGGAAAAGUCCAUCAGACUUUGCAGAAGUGUUUGGAGACUGUGACGACUCUCCUGAGGUAGGAAUAUGCUCUAGUUAGAGUUUUGAACAUGCAUUUUUAUAAAUAUAUAUAUUUUUUAUUCAAACCAAAGACAGUUUUCCUUGAGAUGUCAGAUUGGUGUCAAAGUAUUUUAUGUGGAUUUACCACUACAUGACGUUCUGCUUCAAACAACAGCCAUUAUAUAUGAACACUUAAUCCUAAUUUGAUUGAAACCUUUUGAAUGUUUAGUUGUAAAGGUUUACCAUGCAUGAAGUAAUUAACUUUUUUAAAAGGAGCUAAUAUUUCAGGCUCUUGCUCAUACAUUUGUUUUGUCGUCUUCUUUAUCACCCCGUCACCUUUAAUUGUACCUGGUGUGGGAAGUUAUUGGUCUUGUAUUUGGUUAAUUUCAGGAUUGCUUGAAUUUCCCUUCACUUCAGUUAGUUACUGUUUUUAAAAUGCAGGAAUUAUAUGGUAUUUUGUGGUACAACAUGAUUGAUUUGAUGUUGGUUGUAUUUAGGGUCUGGUUAUAUGAUAUUUGGCCUAAGUUUGGAAAGCAGCUGAUUUAGUAAUUUUUUUCCACUCUAUUUUUCUAAAAUUUGAAAGCUUUCUUCUUUUAAUUUUUUCUCCAUUGUUUUUGACAUAUUUUUGUAGGUGCUCUUUUGACCUUCUACAUUCUCACAGAUCUUUAUCUAUUUAUUCUUUAUUUUUUCAGUGCUGAAUGCUCCUUAUACAAAUGGCGUUAGCCUUAUCCUUCUUUUUUCUCAAAUUUUCCUUACACAAAUUGGAAAUAAAUUAGUGGUGUGUAAAAAUACUUCCCUGUUUAUCUUUUACUCUGCACUCAUUUUUUUUCUUGCUCAUUUGAAGCUUGGCUAUUAUUUGCCUCUGUCCUUGGUGCUGAUACUCAACUCCACAGUUAAAAACAACUGCAUCUUCUCACUUUUUUACAACUCUCCCAUUCUCAUUAAUAACUAAUUUUACUCUGAUUUAUUUCUGACAUCACAGCUCAAGUCAGUCUUCCUUGUUAAUGCUUGAAAACAUCUGAAAUAAUGCUUGUUGUCUGUGCUUGUAGUCUGCAAUUAUAGCAGGAAAUUUGAACUUGCUCACAUGCUUUAUGUGGCUUUGAGGAAAGGCUACUUGUUGUAUCAGGUAGUGUGAUGACACUGUUGAUGAAGGUGACAUGUGCCGAUUACUUCUUGGCCUCUUUUUGUUCCAGUUAAGUCUUCAGAUAUAGCACUGAUAUGAUUUCAGGCAACACAGGUAAAGACUUUUAAAGAACUUCCUUUACUUUGGUUGGUUUUAUGUCAAAGUGCAUAGCUACAACAGUUUUGAAUUGCUAGUGUUUUGUUUGUCCCUGAAUUGAAAACGUUCGUGUGUGUUUGUAAGGGCAUGUGAAAUUUUCAGUUGCAAGUGUGCCUAUUUUUGUUGGAGUAUUAUGGAAGGAUCUGCUUCUUUUUACUUUUUUGUGUUAUUUCUUUUUAGGGUUUUCCAAGUAUGAGACUUUUGGUUUUGCUUAAGAGUCCCUUUGAUGACUUUUACACCCCCC